AAGGAUUCCGACCAGUUCAAAAAGUUGUUCAUCGGUGGGUUGCAUCUGCAGACGACAGAUCAGUCAUUGAAAGCUUUCUACGAAAAAUGGGGCGAAGUUGUCGAUUGCAUAGUCAUGAAAGAUCCAGUCACCAGGAGGUCUCGAGGCUUUGGUUUCAUAACGUACAGUGAAGCUCACAUGGUUGAUGAUUGCUUGUCUGAGAGGCCACACAUUAUUGAUGAUAAACAAGUUGAUCCUAAAAGAGCCAUGCCUAGAGAGGAGUCGAACAAACCAGAACUUCAUCAAUCAAUCAAAAAAGUCUUCAUUGGGGGCAUUAAAGAACCUUUAGAUGAGAAUGACAUCAGGGAACAUUUCUCAAAGUUUGGGAACAUUGAAUCAAUUGACAUGGUUACAGAUAAGGACACAGGGAAAAAGAGAGGCUUUUGCUUCAUGACCUAUGAUGAUACAGAUUCUGUUGAUAAAAUAGUCUGUUAG